AUGGCCAGCCAGUCCGCGGGGAUCCAGCAGCUGCUGCAGGCAGAGAAGAGAGCGGCCGAGAGGGUGGCGGAGGCUCGGAAACGAAAGAACAGGCGUCUGAAACAGGCAAAGGAGGAAGCCCAGGCUGAGAUUGAGCAAUACCGGCUGCAGCGGGAGAAAGACUUCAAGGCCAAAGAGGCAGCUGCUUUGGGUUCCCAUGGAAGCUGCUCUGAAGAGGUGGAGAGGGAGACAUCUGCAAAGAUGUCCAUAAUUGAAGAAAACUGCAAGCAGAAUCGAGAAAUUGUAUUAGAGCACCUGCUGUCUUUUGUGUGCGAGAUAAAACCCGAAAUUCAUGUCAACUAUCGCAUCAAUGGCUAG